CGGUCUCAGCAUAGCAGCCCUGAAGCUUGACACACAGGAGAGAGGGGUGGGGGGGAGAAAUAGGGGGUCGAGAGAGAGUGAGAGGAGGGAAAAAAGAGAAACAAGUUUCUCUGACAGCAGGCUCUGCCUUGCCCAGGGGCUUCAGCACUGCACUUCUGUGAAGUGCCCUCUCACCCAGGGGUGCGCAGCAGUGUGUAUGAGUGUGUGUGUGUAUAUGUGAGUCACAGCCUCAGGAACCAUGUCAGACCCCAGGGACAUUGAUGAGGAUGCCAUCCUCAAAGGCCUUAGUGCCGCGGAGCUGGAUCAGCUGGAGUAUGAGCUGCAGGAGAUGGACCCUGAGAAUGCCAUGCUGCCAGCUGGCUUUCGGCAACGAGAUCAGACAAAGAAGACCCCGACGGGGCCAUAUGACCGUGACGCCCUGAUGAAGCACCUGGAGAAGCAGGCCCUGGAGCACGAGGACAGGGAGGACCUGGUGCCCUUCACCGGUGAAAAGAAAGGAAAGCCUUUUGUGGCCAAGGAAGCACCAGAGAUCCCCCUGCAUGAGCAGGUGAUCCUGGAACCAGAGCUAGAGGAGGCCUUGAAAAAUGCCACUGAUGCAGAGAUGUGCGAUAUUGCAGCUAUCCUUGGAAUGUACACGCUGAUGAGUAACAAGCAGUACUACGAUGCUCUGGGCACCACAGGCACCAUCGCCAACACCGAGGGCAUCAACAGCGUUGUGAAAGCAGAUCCCUUCAAGGUCUUCCCUGAAGAACCUCCAAACCCCACCAAUGUGGAGGAAACCCUGGAGAGAAUUCACAACAAUGAUAGCAGCCUGACUGAAGUCAACCUUAACAACAUCAAGGACAUUCCCAUCCCAACACUAAAAGAGAUCUUUGAAGCGAUGAAAGGAAACUCUCACGUGGAGUUUCUGAGCAUCGCUGCAACCCGAAGCAACGACCCUGUGGCAUAUGCAUGUGCUGAGAUGCUGCAGGAGAACACCAGCUUACAGAGUCUUAACAUCGAGUCUAACUUCAUCACUGCAGACGGCAUGAUGGCGAUCAUCAAAGCAAUGGCUAAUAACGCCACACUGAUUGAGUUCAAGAUUGACAACCAGCGACAAAAACUUGGAGACUCAGUUGAGAUGGAGAUUGCCUCCAUGUUGGAGAACAACUCCAGUAUCCUGAGAUUUGGCUACCACUUCACCCAGCAGGGUCCCCGAGCCAGAGCCGCCAUGGCCAUCACACGAAACAAUGACAUGAUUCGUCAGCAAAGAUUAAGAUGAACACGACAAGGGGUGAGCAGAAGAGCAACCAUUAGCCCCUCGGAGCCUGCAAAAACAGAUGACUCUUGUCACUGUGGGGCAGCAGAGCUGAAUGAAUUCUCCCAAAUUAAUUCUGGUCACUGUGCCUGGGGGAAACCAUGUCUAACAUCCAUGUUCAACCAUUCAUUUCAUUUACUGCAGCAAGAGUUUUGUAGGUUGCUGAAUUUCUCAUAAAGGCAUGUAUAGAUCACAAGCACAACCUGAAGUGUCUUUUUUGUGCUUUUAGUUUAUGCGUCACCAACAUCAACCCAAACAAAUAGUUAACUACUUUCAUUCACUAACUCAAUGUGGUGCUAUAUCAUCUGUGGGAGAGGGGGGAGAAAUCUGUAAAUACUUUAAAUAAAAAUAUAUAUUCGAUUA